UCCAAAGUAAACUUCAUUCACAGCAAACCAAACUAAUCAAAUCAAAUCAAAUAAUUGGUAAACAGCAAAAACCAUCUCAAUACAAUUCACUAAUCAGCAAUUCAAAAAAAUGACCUCAAUUGGACCUUUAGACUUUUCUUUAGCUAUCUCUGAAUUAGAAAAAUAUUCAAGAAAAGAUGGUCUAAGCCUUCAUGAACUCAUGGAUUCCACAAAAUUCGGUGGUCUGACUUACAAUGACUUCCUUCUCUUACCCGGUCAUAUCGAUUUUUCAGCAUCUGACGUUUCAUUAGACUCCCGAAUCACUCGGAACAUUUCCCUCAAGACUCCCUUCAUCAGUUCACCCAUGGACACAGUCACUGAAACAGACAUGGCAAUCACUAUGGCUCUCUUAGGUGGAAUUGGUAUAAUCCAUCAUAAUAUGCCAGCUCAUCUUCAAGCCUCAAUGGUUCGAGCGGUUAAGAAAUAUGAGAAUGGAUUUAUUACCGAUCCAGUUUGCCUGGCUCCUGAAAACACUGUUGCAGAUGUUUUGGCUGUCAAAGAGUCUCAAGGAUUCUGUGGGAUUCCUGUGACAGAUACUGGAAAACUUGGUGGACUUCUAAUGGGAAUUGUGACCGCUCGAGACAUUCAGUUUAGAUCACCAGACCAACCACUCUCAGCUGUGAUGACACACCUAUCUGAUCUCGUUGUAGGACCUCAAGGUAUCACAUUAGAGAAAGCCAACACUAUCCUUCGUGAUUGUAAGAAGGGAAAACUACCACUCGUAGACGAUCAAGGUCGACUGAGAUCACUUUUGGCUCGUAGCGAUUUGUUGAAAAACAAGGAUUAUCCUCUGGCUAGUAAGAAACCUGCAAGUAAACAACUACUCUGCGGUGCCGCUGUUGGAACUCGAGAGGCGGAUCGUGAUCGACUUUCACUUCUUGUUGAGGCUGGAUUAGACGUAGUAGUGUUAGAUUCCAGCCAGGGUAACUCGAUCUACCAAAUCGAAAUGUUACGUUGGAUCAAACAGACUUACCCUGAAUUAGAUGUGAUUGCUGGAAAUGUGGUAACACGGGAACAAGCUGCACAACUUAUCGCUGCAGGCGCUGAUGGUUUAAGGAUUGGUAUGGGUAGUGGAUCGAUUUGCAUUACUCAAGAAGUCUGCGCAGUAGGUCGUCCACAAGGAUCAGCAGUUUAUGCUGUUGCCGAGUUUGCUAGCAAGUUUGGUGUACCUGUGAUUGCAGAUGGUGGGAUUUCAAAUGUAGGACAUAUCGGAAAGGCAAUUGCGCUAGGAGCUUCGGGUGUGAUGAUGGGUGGACUUUUAGCAGGUACAACAGAAUCACCAGGAGAAUAUUAUUACAAUGAAGGUAAACGACUUAAGAAAUACCGAGGGAUGGGAAGUUUAGAUGCUAUGGAACAUGUUUCUAAGAAGGCUGAAACGUUUGACAAUGCGGCUACCUCGCGUUACUUUUCUGAAAGUGAUGCUGUCCGUGUAGCACAAGGAGUGACGGGGGCAGUAGUAGACAAAGGAUCAUUAAAGAAAUUUGUACCAUACCUUUUUACUGGCUUACAACAUUCACUCCAAGAUGUUGGAAUGAAAUCGAUUGGAGAUUUAAGAAAAGGAGCUGACUCAGGUGAAGUUAGAUUUGAAUUAAGAACAGCUAGUGCUCAGGUUGAAGGUGGUGUACAUGGACUACACUCGUAUGAGAAACGAUUGUUUUCAUGAGAAGGAUGAUGAUUUCUUGAAUUAUAACCCGUGGUUUUUGAACAUGAAAUUGAUGGUUUGAAAAAGGAAAUUCGAUCAGUUUUGAAAAAUUCUAAAUGAUGAAAAAACCUCUCAAUUGUCAAUUCUCUUGUUUCUUUCUCUCAUAAGUACGUAUAUCGAAUGAUAGAAUUGAAAUCUCUUUUAUAUCACUCUACGCUUUCUUUUAUACAUCUGAUAAAGUCAGUAAAGAUUCGAUAAUGGAUUCAGUAAAAAUUUGAUAAUGGAUGCAUAAAUAUAGAUAUGAUGAAUGCAUGAUUAAUAAUGAUUUGUUCAAACGUUUGAUUUUUUUCUGAACGAUCU